CACUCAGAGCACAUGUGCACGGAGUCCUGUUGGCUGUGUGUUCAGGUGUUCAGUAUUGUUGUAUUUUAUUAAUAUAUAAAUCACCGUUUGUGUUGUGUGUGCAGUCCAGCAGCUGUGUGUGAGUGUCCACAAUGGGAGGUUUACAGAAGAAGAAGUAUGAGAGCGGAUCAGCCACCAACUACAUCAGCAGGAACAAAGCACGCAAGAAGCUGAGUCUGAGUUUGGCUGAUUUCAGACGUUUGUGCAUCUUGAAAGGAAUUUACCCGCAUGAACCCAAACACAAGAAGAAGGUCAACAAGGGCUCCACGGCUCAGAGGACUUUCUACCUGCUGAAAGACAUCCGCUUCCUCUUACACGAGCCCGUCGUCCGCAAGUUCAGAGAGUACAAGAUAUUUGUGCGUAAACUGCGGAAAGCGUACGGAAAGGCAGAAUGGGGCUCCGUCGAGAGGCUGAAAGAAAACAAACCCUCGUACAAACUGGACCACAUUGUGAAGGAGAGGUAUCCGACGUUCAUCGACGCUCUGCGGGACUUAGACGAUGCUCUUUCCAUGGCCUUCCUCUUCUCUACGUUCGCUCGCACCGGGAAGUGUCACGUGCAAACCAUCCAGCUGUGCCGCAGACUCAGCGUGGAGUGGAUGAACUACAUCAUCGCAUCACGCUCGCUCAGAAAGGUUUUUCUAUCCAUCAAGGGCAUCUAUUACCAGGCAGACGUGCUGGGACAGACCAUCACCUGGCUUGCACCAUAUCAGUUUUCUCAUGAUCACCCUACAGAUGUGGAUUACAGAGUCAUGGCCACUUUCACAGAGUUCUACACCACACUGCUGGGCUUCAUCAACUUUCGCCUCUACCAAACCCUCAACCUCGUUUACCCACCCAAGCUCGAGCGAGAAGUCGAGACAGAUGUCCAGGCUGAAUUUGAGGAGGACUAUGCCAUGGAUUCCGAGAGCUACAUGGAGAAACUGUCCGCGCUGAGCAGCAGUCUGGCUCGCGUCGUCUCCACGGCCGAAGAAGAGGAAGCGGAGAUGGAUCAUUUCCCCGCCGAAGGGGAGGACAUGGAGAAGAUGGAGGAGAGGGUGAAGGCUGAACGAGAGGAGGACAAACAGAAGAAGCUCUUCGAGGGCCUGAAGUUCUUCCUGAACAGAGAAGUGCCGAGGGAAUCUCUGGCGUUCUUGCUGAGGUGUUUUGGUGCACAGGUGUCCUGGGACAAAUCUCUGUGUAUCGGCAGCACGUAUGAUGUCAGUGAUGAGACAAUAACACACCAUGUGGUGGACAGACCCAGUCUGGACAAACAGUACAUCAACAGGUAUUACAUUCAGCCUCAGUGGGUGUACGACUGCGUGAACGCCAAGAUUCUCCUUCCGGUGGAGGACUACUUCCUGGGCGUCGCACUUCCUCCUCACCUGUCACCCUUUGUCGAGGAGAAGGAGGGCGAUUACGUUCCUCCAGAGAGGCAGAAACUGCUCGCUCUCCAGAGAGGAGAGAAACCCGUCACAGAGCAGGAUGAUGAGGAGGAGGAGGAGGAAGAAGAAGAAGGAGAGGAUGACGAUGAAGAGGAUGAGGAGGAAGAAGAGGAGGAUGACGAAGAGGAGGCUGAACAAGAGGCCAAGCUGAAAGAUAUGGAACAGAAAAGAACGCAGGGGAAGGCCUUAUCGGUGAAGGUGACCCCUGGAAAGCUGACUCCAGACAACAAGCAGAGACUGGAGCAAGAAGAGAAGGCUGAGGAGAAGAGGCUCGCCAUCAUGAUGAUGAAGAAGAAGGACAAAUACCUUUACGAUAAGAUCAUGUUCGGGAAGAAGAGGAAGGUUCGAGAGGCAAACAAAAUGGUGGCCAAGCGACAAGCUUUCGAGGAAGCCAGCAAAUCGGACAGAAAGAAAAAGAAGGCGAAGAAUCAGUAGAGGCAAAAUGAGAGUGGACGUUAAAAACAAUUCUAUCCGUUUAUUAAAAAGUCUCAUAGCCUAACUGAUUAUUUUUUUCUUCUCUUCAGUGAUAUUUAGGUUUCAUGAUCCGUCGUAUUAAAUUGAUCACGUUUUUUCAUGUAUUUUAAAUAAAUCUAAUCAACCCCA